AUGCAGGUCUCGGAAGUGAAUGACAUAAAGAUCUAUAACUUAAGUCACGGCAAAUCAAUACCCGAAUGGCUUUCCGACCGAAAGAGACGAUUAUUGCUGAAGAAAGACGUGGAUCUGCGGCGACGGAUACAACUGAUCCAAGACCUGGAGAUGCCGGCCGUGAGUCACGGCAUACAAGUGUCACGCGAUGGCCAAUACGUGGUGUCCACCGGUGUCUAUAAGCCAAGGGUCCGGUGCUUUGAUGUGAACCAAUUGGCGAUGAAGUUUGAGCGCUGUUUUGACGAAGAAGUGGUCAAAUUCCAGAUACUGUCCGACGAUUACACGAAACUAGUCUUCCUCUUCGUCGACAGAUACGUCGAAAUUCACUCACAAUUUGGCCGAUAUUUUCGGAUAAGGAUUCCGCACUUCGGCCGCGAUAUGGCCUACAAUCCCAAGACCUGUGAUCUGUAUUUUGUCGGCGAUUGCGCUCAAGUGUUUCGCCUCAACCUCGAGGUCGGCUCAUUCCUGAAGCCCUACGACACCAAUAGUAUAUCGUUCAACACGUGUGCACUCAAUCCACACCACAAUCUAUUCUUCUGCGGUUCGCACGAAGGAAUGGUCGAAGCGUUUGAUCCGCGCUCUAAAUCACGGGUCGCUGUCUUGGAUUGCGGUCUGAGUUCAGUAACCGCUGAGACCAGUGUUGACGGCAUGCCAUCAGUCACUCACAUCGCCUUCAGAGACGCCCUCCAUAUGGCUGUGGGCACCGCCACCGGUCAGGUCCUCCUCUACGACAUCAGGGCUUAUAAGCCCUACACUGUUAAGGAUCACAGGUAUGGACUGCCCAUCAAAGACAUUGAGUUCAUCGACGGCGGAGGACUCGACUUAAUCGCAUCAAUGGAUUCGAAGAUUAUUAAGAUAUGGAAGAGAGACACCGGAGAGCCCUAUACCGCCAUUCAGGCCGACUCCGACUUUAAUGAUUUAUGUGUUGUUCCCAACACUGGUAUGAUGUUUGUGGCCAAUGAGGCGCCGAAGAUAUUGUCGUAUUAUAUGCCGAGUUUAGGACCGGCGCCCAAAUGGUGUGCAUUCCUCGACAGAAUUACCGAAGAGUUGGAGGAAUCGACUGAAAACACGAUAUACGAUGACUACAAGUUUGUCACACAACGAGAGUUAGAAGAGUUGGGUUUAAAUCACUUAAUGGGAACUAAUCUAUUGCGCGCUUAUAUGCACGGCUUCUUCCUCGAUAUGCGGCUCUAUCAUAAGGCGAAGGCCUCUUCGGAUCCGUUUGCGUACGAAGAGUACCGCAAGAAGAAGAUUAAGGAUAAAAUAGAGGCCGAAAGAGCUGAUCGGGUGGUCGUUAAGAGUUCUUUGCCUAAAGUGAACGCAGAUUUGGCUCAAAGACUGGCAGAAGAGUCGGAAAAUAUGACAAAGAAAGGCUCUAAGAAGUCGAAACCGGAUCUACUAAAUGACGAUCGGUUUAAAGAUAUUUUCGCGAACCCAGACUUCGAGAUCAAUGAACAGAGCGAUGAAUAUAGACUUCUUCAUCCGGUGGUCAAUAAGAUAUUGAAACCGCAAACAAAGCCUUCAGAAGAAUCGAAAGCCAAAUAUAUUACUAAUUUUGAAGAGAUUAUGAGUGACGACGAAAAGGACGACUCAUCUAAUGAUUCCGAAUCGGAGGUCGAGUCUGAAAGCGAGAGUUCCGACGAUAAUCACAAUUGGACUCAAGAAGUGAAACAAAAUUAUCGUCAAUUAAGAGAAGAAAAUAAACGUAAAGAGAGUGAUAGCCGACAGACGAACGCAAAGUUUUACAAAUUAAAAUCCGAUAAAGCAUUUGCUAAUAUUAAUGACAUGAAUAGCCAUUCGGAGGGAAACACAUCAAAAGCCAGUUUAGAGGAACGGCUCAAGAAUUUAGAGGCGAAUAAUGAAUUGACUCGAAGUGGGUCUGGAAGUGGUAGCGGAGGUGUCUAUGGGAACCGAGUUAUGUCUUAUGAACCAAAAACUAAUAAGAAGAGCAAAAACAAAGAAGAGCUCCAAAAGCACUUAUCAGAGCGCAAACGAGUGGCCCGAACGGCCAAAGGGAUCAAAUUCACUAAACAAACAAAAAUGUUUUGA